UUCUCCGAAUCUAUCCCUAUCUUCUUCUCUAAUCCAAUUCCCGAAAUGGAGUUCAAAUCCAACAAUAUUUCUGAAGACAACAACAACAAUCACGGAUGGCAGAAGGUUACUUACGCUAAGAAGAACAGGAAGAAUCAGCCUAAGCAGCAGGUGCCUCAACCAAAGGCGCUUCCAAACGGAUCCGUUGUCGCUGGUAAUGAUAAUGUCUUCACUGCUAUUGAGAAGAAAUCGGAGGAGCGUAGGAAGGUUAUAGAAGCACAGAGAUUGUCGAUUUAUGAUCCUGCUCCUCCUCCGGUUAAAUCGUCAAGGAAGAAGAACUACUCCGAUUAUGAGGACAACGAUGAAGAGGUUGCCAAUGGUGUGGCUGGGAAUGAUGAUGUUGAGGAGAAGAAGAAGAAACCGAAUAAAGUAAAGAAACCUAAGGUCACAAUUGCGGAAGCGGCGGAGAAGAUCGAUGUCGACGACCUGGCUAGUUUUCUGUUGGAGGUGACGACUUCAUUCGAGGCACAGCAAGAUUUUGAAAUCUGA